AGGUAAAAUUAAAUAGGUUUUAUUAAAUGCUACUAGCCACUAAUUAUAUAUAUAUACAUUGUUAUAGAGAAAGGGUGAAAUGGUCAUUUACUGAAGAUGGCACUGUGCAGAUGAAAAAUAUCUUGGGCCAGCGGGAAGAUUAUUUAGUCAGCAAUAUUAGAUUAAGAGACUUUUAUCUCGAGCCCAACAUUAUCUUGCGGGCCACUAUCAUGAAUACCAAACACAAGAUAACCCAUGAUUACUGGGGUUAUCCUACCUAAUCCGGCCAGCUCUUGUUUGUUCCACCUACACACAUAAGAUAUCAAGUCCAAAAUUACACUAUUUUCACAUCUACCCGCUCAUAGAAUACACACAAUUCCUUCACUCAGAGGAAAAAAAAAGUAGGUGAAAGAAGAACCAGAAAAUGAAAGCACAUGCAGUAGUAAUCCCAUACCGGACACAGGGCCACAUAGGCCAUAGCCCCCAUCCUCAGACUCGCCAAGCUCCUCCACCACCGCGGAUUCUUCAUCACAAGCCUUUUAAAGUGGACAUGGCUUGCCUCGAAUGGCUGGACUGGAGGCCCCCCAACUCCGUCCUGUACAUUAAUUUUGGCAGCAUCACGCCGCUAUCCCAGGCGCAGAUGGCGGAGUUCGCGUGGGAACUCGCCGGCAGCGGCCACAAUUUCCUGUGGGUAAUCCGGCCGGAUCUGAUUAAGGGGAAGGGUUCGGUGUUGCCGGAGGGGUUCGCGGAGGAGAUGGGGGGCAGGGGGCUGAUGGUGGGGUGGUGCGAUCAGGAGAGGGUGCUGGGGCACGGCGGCGUGAACGGGUUCCUGACGCACUGUGGGUGGAAUUCGACGGUGGAGGCGGUGGCGGAGGGGGUUCCGAUGGUGUGCUGGCCGUUCUUCGCGGAGCAGCAGAUGAAUUNUUUCUUUUCUUUGGAGCACUUACCAACGAGGUCCUAUCGAUGA